AUGAACGAUACGGAAGAAUUAUCGCAAUGCUUAAAUCGUUCGCAGUGCAGAAUUAUCUCCAUCAGUGCUCAAGUACCAUUAACAUGGGCUCUUCCCUUGUAUGGGUAUGCGAUGCCGGUCAUUGUUGCUGUUACGCUGGCAACAAAUUCAUUCAUUGUUUUCGUACUAUCGCGCAAAUUUUUACGCACACCGACCAAUCUUGUCUUGCUGGCCAUGGCGAUAUCCGAGUUGCUCACCGGCCUGUGCUGCCUCCCAUGGCUUAUUUACUACUACACACUUUAUGGCCAUGUUAUUGAACGGUACAGUGGUCUUCCGGCAUUUUGGUGCUCAAUGUUCCCAUAUAUGGCCUAUAUUUUACCAUCCAUUUUUCAUACAGUCGCUAUAUGGCUUACUGUUUAUCUAGCUGUGCAACGAUAUAUUUAUAUCUGUAUGCCGAAGUUGGUGCAUGGCUACUGCACUGUACGGCGAAGCAAGCAGGUGAGUGUGAACAAGAAUAAAACUCAAUUUCCAGGCUUUUUAUCCUGA